CGGGAUUCCAUGCCCACAACAGGAUGUGCUAUAACUUUGGUCCUACGGAAAUGGAAUGGGACGAUGCGCUGGGUUAUUGUAAAGAAAGAUGUUCUCACCUUGCUGAACUGAAAACGGAUUAUCAACUACAGAACGUCAUAAAUUAUUUCCGCCAUCAGCCAAACUCAGGGUAUGACCACAUCGCGGACUAUUUCAUAGGGGCAGUUGACAAAGGCGUAGGCGUAUGGACAUGGUACAACAGUGGUGAAACGGUUGAUAGCGACAUAGUGGUACCGGAUUACCACCAGCACACUAAAGAUCACUGCGCUAUUGCCAUGGAAGUCAGCGUCGGGGCCCCGUUCGAACAUGACUUUGACUACGGUGCCGCACUUUGUACCGAUGUGUACAAACCAAUGUGCGAGGUGAUGCGUCAGUAGGGAUGACGUCAUGAAGGAUAGAUCGAGUUUCUCACAUUGUUGAAACACUAUUCAGAUUAUUAAAAAAUGUACAUGCAUUCAUGCUUAGUUGAGUGUAACGUACUUUUUUGCUAAG